AUGAUCCGCAACACUCUCGUUCUUGCUGCACUUGCAGUCACUGCCAUUGCCGGACCUUGCAAACCCGGAAGCUCUUCCACCGAGCUCCUGUCGACCGCGAUCGGGUCAACCGAGACGUCCUAUGUCGAGACUUCCAUCACCGAAGCAACAACCUCUGCAGCCGCUACCGAGAGCACAGACGUUGUCAGCUCCAUCGCCAGCUCGGAUGCGACCACCACAGCCGAAGCCACCACGACCUCAGGCUCCGAGUCAACAACAGCUGUACCAGACUCCUGUGCCCAAAGCCUCGCCGCACCGGGUGGCCCGCCUGUGUUGACAGAUCGGAUCCAGGACUGCCAGGACUUCAACGUAGUCACAGUCAGCUCAACUCAAACCGUAUACAAGCGCGGCAACGUUAUAAUCAUCCCUACGAAUGCGAUUGUCCGACGUGAUGAAGGCGAGGCCGCAACGACUAUCCUGCCGACUGGUACCCCAGCUUAUGCCACAUACUGCGAUAGUCCAUCAGCGUACUAUGAGGCUUGCUCUCAAUUUGGCGUCACUGCGUUCACAACUACAAUUCCAGAACCCACGACUACUGAAGUUAUUAUUACUAAUUAA